AUGAACCGCACGGAUACAAUUAGUCAAGAUGAUAAUUCAAGAUCCAAGCACUCACAUCUGGAGCAUCAUGGAGACGUCUCAAACAUUUCAGGAAGGAGAAACGGGCCACACACCGAUGGUUCAUCAUCCAGCCAUCUUUCUACAUCCCACGAACCAGUUUUAAAACCUCAAGGAAGAGAUGGCGCGAGGUGUCAAAGCAGAGAAGUUCUUCUAAAUCUCCUCCAACCACCCGGAUUAAAAGUGAUGCAUGUCCAGCAGGGUAAUUGUACUUCAUCAUAUCAGGAUAGCGACAAGAUAUUUUUUAAACCCGAUUUGUAUGGCUCGUAUUGUGUGCGAUGUUCUAACAUUGAUCAGACUUCACGUAGCCCUAUUGACAGACGCCGAAAAAUGAUUCGAGAAUGGAAUCAGAGAGCCUGGUACAAUACUUCCAUGAACUUAGACACCAAAGCUCAGGAGCAGAACACAUCUAUCAACAGGGACACGAGAGAAGACCACUCUCACGGUCAUGAAAUUGCUAUGAGUUUUCCAUGUCCUGGAGAACACCUUUCACGAACGACCACAACCAAGAAGAACUCCCUCUCCGCAACAGUUAACUAUCAAGAACGCGAGAAAAGGAAACGACUUCUUCAUCAAGAUGAACUGCCAUUGCACAAGGAUCUGUGCCAAAAUCUUUCAGGCUAUCAUCAACAACAUGCCAGACAGACUUGCUUCAGGAAUGACAGUUAUACCAACGAUCCUAAGGCUCCUUUACACAAAGGUGGGGAUAUUGAAGAUAACAUCACCAUACGAGUCGACAGAAACUUAAAUAAGAAAGAUGAUCCGAAACGUAUUCGAGGAUCCAACUGGCAUCUUGAAAGUCGACAUUCUUUGAAGAGUAAACAUCCGAUUUCUGAGCAAAAAGUUGUCCAUGAUCAACCAGAGAAGGGAGUCACAGGUUCCAGCAGCUGUACCGCUGUUGCUCAAACUUCAACUGAAAAUGGAAAUGAUGCGUUUGGGGCAGUUUACGAGAAAACUCACACACGUCCACCCUCGACAUCUCAAGAUGACAGAUUGAACCAAAAUUUAUCUCCACUGAAUAACUAUCGUCAUGAGAAGUUUCGUACCCGGAACAAAUUGGGGUCAUCACCCGUAAAAUCGCCUAAUGGACCAGAACAUCUCAAUGAGGUGAGUAACUUUGGCUUAUGAAGAUAAAAAUGCAACUGAAAUUAGGUUUAAACCUAAUUUAAACCUAAAAAUGUUAAUAUUCGUUUGCAGUUGUUUGUUUUCUUACAAGGCCUCAUAAAAGAUUUGACAACCUUGCCGCGUCUAUUUUCAUUUAAGAUUGUAUCGUUUUAAUUCAUUCUUUUUUCCCUCCUUUAAGGAAAAGGGAUUCGAGAAACCCUCGGAAUAUGACAAUCAAGCUCUUCACAGUAAGUGUCAUACCUAGAAAUUUUUCCUCCCAUAUAAACUUUUGUCCUUUUGCGAGAAAAAGAGCACACUUGAGUUGGAUGAAAUCUCUAACCGUUUGUAAAAGUUAAACAAGAAAUUAUACUCUUUUAGCUAUUUCUGUAGCACUUUCAAACGUUUAAUUUAUAUAAGGAUAGAUUCAGGCAAAACCGGCUGAGAAAAACCUUGUGUAAUAAUUGUAGGUUCCAGCCUAUUAUAAUUUCAAACAAGUAAAUAUGUUUGCUCAAAGUGCUAUAAUAUGACAACGGGUUUUUCGCAGCGAAAUGAAAAUUUCAGUUUCAUCAUUCAUUGGCAAUACGAUUACGGUGGAUUUUAUGACUAGUAGCUAGACAUUUUGGUACAGCGUAUAUACCAACACUUCCUGGUUCUUACCCUACUUAUGAAGUAACUGUUGCAUGUUAGGAAAAUGUUUUCAGCUAAACAGGGUGACGCUUUAUCUCCACGAAGCGCACUUUUACCUAUCUAUCAUCAUACAAAUAUAAUUUUCCAUCAAGAUCAAGAAUGUCAGAAAAAUGUUCCGAUAAAUUCGAGUUGCGUGUGUGUGUUUGUUUGUGUGUGGCCUUGGGUAAUAAGAAAAGGGAACAAAGUUUCAGUUGUUAUAACAUUGCACAAUUCAACCCUUUCUGUCGUUUCCCAUAAAUAUCCUCCUUCCGUUUGACAUUUGUCGUCAAAUUGAAAACAUCCUCUAAGAAGUCUGCCCUUUUCCCUUAUCACCUGUCUACUUUACUAUGCAUGGAUGACAAAGGGGUAAAGACACCAGAAAUGAGAUUUGCUGGCUCAUAUUUUUGCAAUUGAGAUGGGUAUUUGAGGCAAAAUUGGAAUUAGACUAUGGUAAUGUUAAGAUGAAAUAAUUCAUUGUUCUGAGUAUUUUUUGUAAAUAUAAGCUUAUAGAAAUUUCCAGACUGCUGAGUCAUGCUGACUUGCAUACCAUAAAACUUUCCAGAACAUUUCAUCAAAUCACACAUUCAUUAGGUAAUACUACUAAGACAGUUCUCAUGUAAGCUUCCAGAACACUUUGUGAAUAUAUAUGAAGACUCUCUUAUGUAGUAGUAGAAGUAGUUGUUGUUGUCGGAGCGACGACUGUUUUGAGAGCCAUACCGAGAGAGAGUUACUGCGGAAGAUUGCUCACUUCAAGGAACUUUGGAGACAGCAGUGAGAUUGUGUCAGUGGUUAGCUAGGAUAUAGACUGUGGUGUGCUUAGUUAAGUUUAUUAACGAUAAGUAUUGUACUGCUUUUAGGAGUCGCUUCCUUGUUAAGAACAUUACUCGCCGUUUUAUAAAGUAGUUGAGUUUUUGGGAUUGUAGUGUUUUCUGUCGGUUAGAUUAUACAGUAACAUCUACAAAUGAGAUCUGAACAAACUUAGAAAAAUCUUCAGUAAACUAGCCAUUUGAAGGCAUUGUACACUUCUUACCUUGCAGAUUCUUCACAUGAAAAUUCUCAAGAGAGUGGAAGCCAAAGUGACGAAUGCACUCCAGUAAUUGUCCAGUGUUACAGUCUCUCUGUUUUACCUCCAGCCUUGCAGUCUACAACGACGGAAGAUCCCCAAUUCAUGGAAGUGCAAAAUGCUGACCUAAGAACCAACAUUGGUAAUGAGGAUGGGAAGGAAGUACCUGGUCCUUUUCGCUGUUCUUAUCACCGAAAUUCUCCUGAGAAACACGAAUCCAUUUGCUGUGGCUUGGAAAGUCACAAAGAUUUUCCAUGCAGUCCACCGGUCUACUGCCCAAGAAGUAGCACAGAAUCACACCAUGGUCGACAAGAUUUAAUAGUAAAAAAACCAAAGCGUCCUGUAGACCAAUUACCAACCUCUGAGCCAGUUGACCUUGAAGAACAGAAUUUACCUGGCAGAGAAAUUUCAUCCCCACACCCUCAAACAAGAUGCACCUGGCAUCCUAAUCAGCAAACAUUCAAAAGCGGGCGCGAGAGACGGCAAGACCAUGGCCCUUGGUUGGAGCCACAGGUUAAAGCUUCACCCGGUGUUUCCGAUCAAGAAACUUCGCGUUUUCCAAAUGAUAUCCAAGUGACUCGUUCCUCCGUGCACGAUGGUCAGGAGUCAAAAGAGACGUCUCCCAACUGGUAUACCAAGCACGUACAACAUGGGGGUAGUCGUGCUCUUGAAAUUCACGACUAUUACGAAGAGAGACGGAUUCUAGUCGAGAAGGUUUGCCAACAUACUCGUGGAUCAGAAGAAGAUAUCAAAUGCAACCAGGACUCGACCAGCACUUAUGAAUGUUCAGGACAAUUUUGCCAGACUGACCAUUACCAAGCAAGUUCCUCAGGGACUGAAGUACGCCAUAAACCAGUUUGCGACGAGAGUACCUUCCAAGCUUGUUCUCAUCAACGGGAAAAUGCUGUUGGGAGUAGGAAAAGGAAGAGCCGACAACCACGUCCUCAGAGAUUAAGAACUGAUGAUCCACAUCUAGCAAAGGAAACCUAUCGGCAUCCAAAUUCACAGCUGGAGACUCGCCACAAGGAAUUUUCCUGCCGUGAAAACGUUUAUCAGGAAAGGUUCUCAUACCAGCCCGAGGGCGAUGCAUCAGUGUCUAAAGACAGAUGUGAAAAAAGAACAGAAAUUUUCAGAGUUUAUGGUAAUGGUAGAAAGAUUUUCUCCCAAGAAGACACUGGUCUUGGUCAACGGCACUCUCCUACAAGACACGAUUAUGUGUUCCAAAGAAACUCACCAACACAAGUAUUAUGCAGCAAAGAAUUCGCUCUGAGAAAGUAUCCACCAAAGGGUACCUCAUUUCCUGAAAGACGGAACAGCGACCCGUCCAGCGAAAAUUACCCGCAGUUCGUUGAGUUUCCACGCCAUCCGCAUGUCAUUUCACCUCGUGAACUGGAAGCUAGGCACAAACAGACCCAGUUCAUUCCAUAUCCAACAAAUUCACAUGGCCAAUCAAAGUCGCCGAAGAAGCCCUUUAUACAUUCAAAUGCCACAAGAAGUUCUUUCAACAAUGGCUGCAAUGGCGUUACACCACAACACUGGCACGGCCCCAUAUGGAUGAUUGGUCCAGUAGGUAACCUUGGACGUUUUGAGGAAAUUGGUUCUAGUUAUGACAGAGCGUCUUUCGGCCAAUGUGAUCCGUCAAGGGGCAGCGUUCCCAGCGCCGCAGAUUCUUCGUGGAGUACUCCAGCUACAAAUGCACAUGGUGAGCUCCACGGUUACCAUUUUGAUCAUCGCGGAAUUACAGCAAAGGGUAAAGCGCCAAACAAACCUUCAGAAACUCAACCAUCAUCCCCUGGAGGCAAGGGAUGUGAUUCCAGUAGCCCCGUAGAAGACACAGUUCAACCGGCCUAUAACAAAUCAUUUACUUCCGUUGAAGCCACCGUCACUACGGAGGCAGAAAGCGAAAAGACACAACAGCGUAAUGGGUCUUUUUCAGAAGAUCACACCUUCCUCAUUCACACGCAGGAAGUGCAGACCGAUUACUCUGCACCUACCACGAAAGAGAAAAGGUUUGUUUGCCGAUACUGUAGCAAGAAAUUUGCGCAUUUUUCCACUCUCCAAAAUCACCUCCGCACACACACAGGUGAUAAACCUUUUCAGUGCAACUUCUGUGGUCGCAGAUUUGCCCAGUCAGGAGUCCUAAAGGCGCACCUACGAACGCAUACUGGCGAUAAACCGUUCGCCUGCAUGUACUGUGGAAAAGUGUUUGCGCAAAGCACGACGCUAACAAACCACUUGAGAACGCACACAGGCCACAAGCCCUACAUUUGUAAUUAUUGUGGCAAAUCAUUCUCUCAGCCUUCCACGCUCAGGAAGCAUGAACUUUCUCACACAAAAGAACGGCCGUAUCCGUGUAAAUUCUGUGGAAAGGCUUUUGCCCAGCAAUCGACGUUGACCAACCAUAUGCGUUCUCACACUGGACAGCGGCCAUACAAGUGUCACUUUUGCGACAAGAGCUUUGCUCAGUUGAGUACACUGGACCGUCACUUGCGCCUCCACUCAAGUGUGAGUCUCAAGCCACAUCAAUGCCAAUACUGCAGUAAGAGUUUUAGUUAUAUUUCCAAUCUGGCCUCUCAUAUGCGGAAUCACGAACAGGAGUUAGAGUCUUGUAAAUGAAAGGGUCACCCCUCCAUUCCAAAGCCCUCGCUUGGAUGGCUUUCCUUCCAGCAGCGGUUUUCCAUAGUAGCCUCCUAGUACACAUAUCUAAAAAGACUGUGGUGAGCAAAAUAAGCUAUUUCUUAUAAUAAUCAAAUCCUGAACCUCUCGAGAGUUCUCUCAUAUGAGACACCUUUGUUCUUUAAGCCUCAUCUGUAUAGUAUGAUGAUAUCAACAAUGCGUUGCCGUAGUUUUAGGUACCUUAUUUAAUCCUCCUUCAAUCUUGAGACUGGAAUCUUUAGUUAAACCUCAACAGGACAAUCUUAUUGUCAAUAUUAAAGAACUUAGUUUUGUAAUAGCUGACAAAUUAGUCUUCAGAGUCCCCCUCUAUUACCAAUCAUGUAGAUUAACGUUUUGCUCCCAGUAGUUCUGUAAGGACGAUGAUUGACAGGUCUUAUGUCCACUUUGUAGACUUCUUUUUGGGUCUUUUUCUUAUACAAAAGGCCUAUUGAUGCCCGGAAAAAAUUGCUUCAUUGGAAAUGUCUUAUAAGAUCUACGCCAAGGCUUUCUUUGUUGACGAGAUUUGCUACGAGACAAUUUGAAAUUAUCGGACGAUAAGAUGCAAAAAAUCAACCUGGAUUACUCAACAUUAAUCUUUUUUAUCUUUUUUUAUUCAACGAGGAACUUGUUUAAAUUGUGCUGCAAAUCUGUUUUCAGGAUACCAUUGUUCAUCAACUGAAAAAUUAAUAUUACAUUGUCAAAUAUUGUUUCGAAACCUAUUUAAUUUGCUAUGGUCAAUUUUGCUGAUACCCCGAGAAAAAUAUCGACUUCGGAUGAAAAUGUUUUAAGGUUCCUAAUUUGCAAGCAGAGAAAAUAUGUAGAGUGACAUAUCCUUUAUCAUUUAACAGUUCAUAGGAAGAAAAUAUUUUUUUUAGGUGUUCGUUAACUAAUGAACACUUCAGAUAUUUAAUAUACUGGGCAACAAAGCAAAGAAUUAUGUUAUCUGCGCAACAAGAUGGUUUCAAAAUAUUGUACAGUUUCUGUUUCGCUGACAUAUUUCUGCAGCAGUAAUAAUACUAAGUUGAUAACGAGAAUAUCCGAUAGGUAUUCGAAGUUAAUUGCACAAACUACAAAUAGAGCAAACAUUGAGGAAUAUGCGUUUGUAAAGUCGAGUUAAUGACACAAUCCUUGCCGCAGCAUUUUUGAAGGACAGCAUUUUUUUUUUAACUUCGGUACAAUAAUGGUCAUGAUCUUUAUAAUUAACCUAAGGUUAUCAAAGAUUUGUUUAGAGAAGUUAAAUCACGUCGAGAUCAAGAUGUGCUAUGCUUACGGGAUUGACAAAAUUAAUGAGGUUCACCCUUCAACAUUAGGUGUCCUCUCUGAAAAAAAAUUAUGCUGAAAGACGCCGUAUUAAGCAAUAUAUGAAAUAAGCGAAAAUCCAAUCGCAUAUGAUUUACCUGGUGAAGAACUUCUGAGAGUUGCGACAUUCAAUCCUGAGAAAAAUCGAAAGGAUAUAAAUAUCAAGAAUCAAGUAUAACAAGUCAGACUUGUUACAAUUUGAAACAAGUUUAUUUAAAUUAAGCAGUCUCGAUUUGGACUAUAAACUAAAUUUGCUAACAGAUGUUUAGAAUAACAAAGAUUUAGAGGACCUUUUAUUUUAGAUAUUAAGAAUAGUAUAUUAGAGAGGCAUUUUUCUUUGUAUUUUCGUUUUAAAAAGUAUGUAUAGCUGUUGAUGGCUUUUUAUCUCUUUAUAUGAAUAAUGAAGGUAUUUAAUAUAGUAAGCUUGGGCCCAGAUUGCUUUAUUUCCCUUUUGAUUAGGUACAUGAUCGUGUUGUUUUGCAACAUGCGAAGACGAAAUAAAAUGUAACUGCAUGGCC